GUGUAAUGAGUAGAAUGAAAAACGUACAGAGCAGCGUGUCCUGCUGGCCAGCCCCGGCUGUCGUUCAAGUUAAAGAAGGAAACCGGACGCAGCUGCAGCGCGCAGUUCACGGCCAGACGCAACAGACACAAUUUGUUCUGAUCUCGCUUUCCUUUCGACUCCUCCACAUUGAAGCCUCAGCCUGUUGCCCAUUUUGUUCGUAGGCUACUGAGCGCACAGUGUCUCUUUCGCGCUGGGAGCAUGGCUGCCAUCAAGGCUUUGGAGCAGUGGUGUAAAGUGCAGUGUGACGGCUACCGAGAUGUAGCCAUCACCAACAUGACCACAUCAUUCAAGAACGGAAUGGCGUUCUGUGCGCUUAUACACAAGUACAGACCGGACCUGAUAGACUAUGACUCACUCAAAGAGGAGGAUGUGUUUGAGAACAACAGACUGGCUUUUCAGGUUGCAGAGGAGAAGUUGGGAAUUCCAGCUUUGUUAGAUGCAGAAGACAUGGUGGCUUUAAGGGUCCCAGACAGGCUGAGCAUUCUUACCUACGUCUCCCAGUACCACAACUACUUCAAAGGACGGCCUCCCAUGGGAGGUGUAAAAAGGCCAGCAGAGGGCUCCAAGGAGGAGCCAUCAGAGAAGAAAAAUCUCCCAGUGGUUGCCAAAACCUUUGUGCCUAAAACCGCCAUUGAGAAUUGUUUACCUUCCACCCUCGCUGCUCAGACCUCACCCAAGUUGGCCAGAGCUGCUGUUCAGAAGGAAGUUCUUGCGGAAAACUCCAACAAAAAUGGUACUCUCAAUAGCAAAUGUGCUGCAUGCCUGACCCAUGUUCAUCUGGUUCAGAGGCACUUUGUGGAUGGCAAGCUCUAUCACAGAAGCUGUUUCAAAUGCAGUGAGUGCUCCAGCUUGCUUCAUUCAGGAGACUACAAACCUGGGAAGAAUACAGACACUUUUAUCUGUAAUGCCCACCAGAACAACUGCAAAUCAUCAUCCGAAGCUGGGAUCAAAAAUGGAACCGUCAGUUCAGCAGGGCGGUUAAAUACUACCAGCCAGACCCAGCCUGCAUCACGCCCCUCUUCUUCUGUGCUGUCAGCCCCACUGAAUAAUGUCCCAAAGCCAGUCAGUCCCACUGUACCUUCUCAGUCCUGGACGGCCUCAGCCCAUAAGACGCAGACGGCCAGGCAGAGGUUUUUCCAGGCUGCAGCGCCAGUCACAGAGGCCUCAACAGGCAUCAGGAAGCCCACAGAGCCCUCAAGUGUUUUAGGAAGGCCAAAGGCCCCUCUCAGUCCUGAUGACGAGAAGAGCAGAGUCAGAACAACCACCGUAAAGAUAUUGGCAGAGGAAAACAGCAACAAUAACAACAAACACCUGUUUACCAUCCGAUCAGCGGAGAGACGGUUUGGAGACAAGCCAAGUUCAGCUGACAGCCCCAGUUUGAGAAAAGAUAAAUGCAGCCAAGGCCCAGCAGGAAACUGGGCAGGACAGCCCUCCACCAGCCAGACAAACAAUAAGGAACGGCCAUGUCUGAAGGCCAUCAACAAAGACAACACAAGGCCAACAACUGUACACACAACUGCCAAAGAUCCAGUCUGGGGACAAUUUAAGCUCAAACCUGUGAACAUAGAGCAAGGUUUAAAACAUGCUGAAGCCUUUACUGAGCAACAUAAGCCUGGAUCCGUGUCUGCAACUUCCUCUAAUGUCCCCAGCAGUAUAACAAGGUCUCCCAUGGCUCCCACACCUGCAGUACCUCCUGUUAGUUUUGCUCUGUUUGAUCCUGAACACUUUAGGGUAGUGUCUCCCCUGAAACCUCAGCUUGGUUCUGGAAACCUUGGUUUUAAACAUGGGAGUCACUCUCCUGUGAAAUCCCCACCCAGACGGCCAGCUGUGGAAUCUAUUAGCUCUUCGACAACUGCUCCAGCCAAUCAUGGAAAUCCGCCAGGUGCUAAAAAGGGAAAGUAUUUGUCACCCCCCAACGCCUCCAGAACUGAAAUGAGGUCACCCUCUGUGAAGUCUUAUCAUAUUCCAGUGGAGCAGAUUGAGAGGGAGCUGAAUGAUAUUGAGACAAACGUGGCUCAGUUAGAGAAGGAGGGUGUGGAGCUGGAAAAGAAACUCCGCAGCUGUGAGGAAGAGGGGAAGGGAGACGUAUUGAUGGACCCACUGAUGGUCGACUGGUUCAACCUGAUCCGAAAGAAGCAGAUGUACAUUAGGAAGGAGUCGGAGCUUGUAUACAUAGCCAAGACUCAGGAGCUGGAGCAGCAGCAGCCAGGUGUGGAGGGGGAACUUCGUAGGCUGCUAGAGAAGCCAGAUCAUUUAAAGUCCAGAGAUGAGCAACAGCGGGAGAAGAAGUUGAUGCAGAGACUGAUGGAGAUUGUGGAUAGCAGAAAUGCUAUAGUGGAGGGUCUGGAUGAGGACAGGCUGAGGGAGGUGGAAGAGGAUCAGCAGCUGAAUGAAAUGAUGCAAAAUCUUGGAGUAAAGAAGGCUAAAAAUAAGAGGAAAUCGUCCAUCUCAAAACUGUUCAGGCGAAGAAGUAAAAGACGAGUGGAAUGACUCCCAAGGCAAUCUUUACUAUACUUACAUUAUUGUCUUUGUCUACUGAAUAAUUAACUUUUUUAAAUGUUUUACGGUUUUUAUAUUUAAGUACUGCAGUACCUGGUGUGCAAAUGAGAGGGCAAAUGAAGAGAUGUCAAAUUAGGAAGCAUGAUGGAUCAAAUUAUGUGGUGUUUCUAUUUGUUUUACAAAAUUCCAAAAUUAAAGGUUGAGUUAAAGUGUUUUUGUUUAACAGCCACCUUCAAUUCUCUGUUUUGUGUUACUUAAGUGAAGUGAGAAUGUAUGAAUAGCUUAUUAUUCAAUCUUAGCUCUUUUCCCUAUGGAUGUCCUAUAUUUCUUUUUAACGUUUUUCACAGUUU